UCUACGUGAGAUAUAAACGCUAUGAGUUACAUGUAAACGACGGCACAAAUUGUCUGUAUCUGGGACCGAUUUAUAUGGGAUUAACGGCUGCUAUACCUUCGAAACAUCUUUUUAGAGUCCAGCCUACUGCAUUUCCUUAGGGUUUUACAGACCUCGAUCGUGAACUCCGCUGCAAGCUACUCUGAAGUUUGUUGACAGUAAUCGGAGUGAUGAAUGAUCCGACCACGAAAGGCCUUUUAAACGGGAAUAACACUGAAAAACGGCGCGGUGAUGAAUCUCCUGGUUUUGUUGGAGCGGUACAUACCUCAGGUUACCUAACCGAUGUCGAGAUACAGCCCACAAGCGAGAAGCCUAUGUAUCGCCCGACUGGAUUGUCCAAACGCGAGAUGUUGAUGAUCGCUGGAUUAUUUCUUCUUUUGGUAUUGUGCAUUUUAUUUAUUGCACUGUAUGCAAAAGUGGCUUUAAAGAAGAGUGAUCGCAAAAGCGAAGAUGAGAAAAAUGAAUCGAUUGGAUGGAUCCUUGCAGCCUCUGAUCUUCUAAGUGCAAUGAACGCUAGUGCAGACCCAUGCGACGAUUUUUACCAAUACGCUUGUGGAAAGUGGAUCAAAAGGAGUUCUAUUCCAGAUAGCAGGCCUUCCUGGAGUCAGUUCGGCGUCCUUGACCAAAAUAAUGAAAUCAUCAUGAAGAGACUUAUCUUCGAUGACGAAGAUAGUGCAAGAGCUCAAUAUAAAGAUAACGAAGCUGUUAUGAAAGGGUUUGACCUGUUUGAUUCUUGCAUGGAUGAAGACAAAAUCGAAGAACUGGGUGCGGAACCACUCUUUGAUUUAAUCAGGGAGUAUGGAUCAUGGAACGUCACAGAUGGAAACUGGACGGAGGAUUCUUGGAACUUCAUGGAUAAUUUUGUAAAGAUUCAAAAGUAUCUGUCGAUAGCGCCUUUGUUCUCCAUGUAUGUUAAUGCUGAUCUUAAGGACUCCGCGAAAAAUAUCAUUUAUUUUAACCAGGGUGGAAUUUCUAUUUCUCAAGAGUCUUACCUGAAGAAUUCUUCUCGGGAUAUAAAGGUCCGUGCAGCGUACAAAAAAUUCAUGAUUGAUCUUGUGAAACUUCUCACUGACAAUCCAAACGCAAAAGCUUUGAUGACAGAAAUCUACAAUUUCGAAGAAUCGUUAGCGAAGGCAUUUGUUGCUAGAGAGAAGAGGCAAGAUAUACACAAGUCUUAUAAGAAAAUGAAGCUGAGUGAUUUCAACAAAUCAGCUGGAACCGCGAUUGACAUGAUGGAUCUUGUCAGGAGAAUGUUCAAUGAGACGGGUUACACUAUCACGGGAGAUGAAAUGGUCGUGGGGUCCGAUCUUGAGUACUUUAAGAAUAUGUCAGACAUUGUUAAAGCAACUAGCAAAAGAGUGAUAGCAAACUACAUGAUGUGGCAAGUGGUGCGAUAUUUCUCAAGUGAUUUGGACUCAAGAUUCAGAGACGUUUUCCAAGAAUACAGGAAAAGUAUCAUGGGAACCACAGACGACGAUCCUCGAUGGCAGGAAUGUCUUAGUAUUUCAAACCUUUAUUUGGGCAUGCCAUUCAGUCUACUGUAUGUUGACGAGACAUUUGAGGGAGAGAGUAAAAAAUCGGCCGAGGAAAUGGUUCAUGGUAUAAGGGAGGUUUUUCUUACCGAUUUAGAAAAUCUUGACUGGAUGGAUGAAGAAACCAAACGUAAAGCAAAAAAAAAGGCUUUAGCAGUACGGGAAAAUAUUGGCUAUCCUGAAUACAUAAAGAACAAAACGGCGCUGGCCUUGAAGUUCAAAGGGUUUGAUGUGAAGAAGGACCAAUACUUCAAGAACAUUGUACAAGGGACUAAAUUUUAUAACCUGAAAAACUACGCCAACCUGGGAAAGCCAGUUGAUAAAGAUAGCUGGGCCAUGCUUCCUUCUGUUGUCAACGCCUACUAUUCACCCACUCAUAAUAAAAUAGUUUUCCCUGCUGGAAUCCUGCAGAAACCAUUUUAUGAUCACAGAUUCCCCAAAGCUCUUAACUACGCAGGAAUCGGGGUGGUAGUUGGACACGAAAUAACUCACGGUUUUGACAACACUGGUCGGCUCUUUAACUUAGAUGGCAACUUGGCGAACUGGUGGACAAACAGAUCUAUAGCAGCUUUCAAAAACAAAACAAAGUGUCUUGAGGACCAAUAUUCCAAUUAUAAGUUUCAUUCAAUGAACCUAAAAGGCGACCAAACUCUCGGGGAAAAUAUCGCAGAUAACGCCGGGAUCAAACAAGCGUUUCAGGCCUAUCAGAACUGGAAGAAAAGGCGGGGUCGUCCAGAGCCUAACCUACCCGGGAUGAAAGACUUUACUAAUGAACAAAUAUUUUUCCUUGGAUUUGCUCAGAUUUGGUGCAGAAAAGACCGCCCAUCGGCAAUUGAACAAUCGGUGAAGUUCAGUCGUUAUAGUCCUGCAAAAUUCAGGGUGAUUGGUUCUCUAUCGAACUUUGACGAAUUCGCCAAGGCUUACAAGUGUCCUACAGGAUCUCAAAUGAAUCCUGAGAAGAAAUGCGCUGUGUGGUAAAUACUGUCUUUGGUGACGUAGACCUGACGAGCUCUUCCAGGGAAAGGAGCACCUUCAUUUACCCGCAUUCAUUGGCGGAAACAUGGGAUUAUUUAAGUAAUAAACGGCAAAACCUUCAUAUUUAUCAUCUGAAUUUAGUAGCGUAACGCAAACUUUUUUAAUGGGACUUCAUAAUAAGCCCAUGAAGCACAUUUUAAGAAUUGCCAGUUUUAGCGGUUCAACACCAGGUGUUUGAAACCUUUCUCGGGUGAACGGCGUUUCAACGUGAAACCCAAAAGCAUAGGCGAGGAUGAACCUUCAUAUAGGGUUUGGCUCAGUAAUAAGUUCUUAAACUCAAUUCAGUAGUGCUCGUAAAGGUGUAACGUUUUCGAUAAGAAGUUCCUUAUGAACUUUGUUCCUUUUAUUGCUCAAACUAUUUUAUAAAACAGCCUCCGUUGCUUAACAGUGCGGGCAGAAUUUAGCUGACAUUGCUUCAAAAGUACCUCUCGUGGCAUUCAUUCCUAGUUUCCAGAUUAUGCCUUGUAUCGAUUUAUAAUUGUUUUUUCGAUUGUUUUUUGUUCCUUAAAACUCACAUAAAAAUGAUGAAAUAAAGCAGUAUGACUCUA